AAUCAGCCGCUCUCUCGUGACGACCUCUCUUCUCUUCACUCACUCCCACCAUUUCUCCAUCACGCACGGCAGGGGUCUUGGAAACCAGGUGAAUGGCGGUCCUGCGGUCUUGGGUGAACGACGCGAAUCGUGGGUUUCAUGGCUAACAUAUCGAGAGCAGGAUGAUGACAUCAAGUGUGCAAAUAACAUAAUGAAGUUCGCAAGGGACUUUGUUUUAGAGUCACCCCAAAGAACCACUUGAAUCGUCACUUUAAAAGCACAAUGGUGUAUCCGCUUGAAGAAAUCAAUAUCGUACGAGAUGAAUGGGUGGAGUCAAGUCUACCUUAUCCCAGUGUUUGAUGAGAGCUCGUGCUAGCUAGCACUUGAUUCUUGCAAGUGGAACUGAAGGUGUGGAAGGUUUUUGCCAGAGAUGGAGUUUGCAUGGCCGUCUUGCAGAUACCAAGGACAUUGUGCAGUUUAAUAAAUCAUCUCAAAUCUUAAAUAAUUAGCUAUUAUUUCCAAGUCUCUUUUAUCAUUAUCAGUGGCUCAAGGAAAUAUUUGAAUUUGGAAUUUUCACUCGACACUUACGUGACUAAGGAAUUUCCAGAAGCUUAAGAGAAGAUAUUUUGCAGAUGCCACCUAAACGUCUUCCGAAGCUUGACAUCCCCCUAGAGGAUCAUUACGUGGGUCGUCUCUCCUAUAGGGGUUCAGGGAGGCUAACUAAAUUGAAGAAGAAGUUUGAGGAGUAUGGAUUGUUGGAUAGGGCCAAAGAGUCUAUUUUUGGACAAUUUUUCAAUGCCCCCGAAUUUACAUUCUCUGGGGCAAUGGUGCACACCAUACUUCUACGAAGGAUCAAGUCUCUGCAAGAGGAUGAGCUGCACUUCUUGAUUGGCAGCACACCUUGUAAGUUUGGGGUGCACGAGUUUGCCCUUGUUACCGGCCUUAAUUGCAGUUGUCCACCACUUGCUAUUGAGUUACAACCCCAUUUGACAUCCUCCCGUAUCAUUGAGACAUAUUUCAAUGUGCAAUCCAAUAAAUACAUUAAAUUUUUAAUGUUAGAACGAGCAUUUACCAUGUGCGAUCAAGUUGAGGAUUUGUGGAAGCUUGGGUUGGUUUAUUUUGUGGAGGGAGUACUCAUGGCCACCGAGAAUGAGGGGUUUAUUUGGCGAGAUUCACUGUUGAUGGUAGAGGAAUUAGAUUACUUUUACAAAUAUCCAUGGGGAUCCCUCUCUUUCGAUCAAACUAUGAAACAGUUGGGCAGAGAUAUGAAAGCUACUGGUGCUAGUAUACCUGUUAAGAAGGUUAAGAAGACUAGAGAGGGAGAAUCUGUGAAACGUGUGCAGGUUGAGUCGAAGUACACAUGCAGGGGAUAUCCACCAUCCCUACAGUACUGGGCUUACGAGGCUAUUGUUGAUUUAGCAAAUACAUACGCUAAGCCGUGCGGAGUGAAGUUCCCUAGGAUGCUCCAAUGGGAGAGUAUAGGUCAGCCGAAGCACCUUGAUGUGAAGGAUAUACUUGGGAAGAAGCGUGUGGCAUGCAUUCCCUUUCUCAGGCCUCGACCAGAUGAGCGACAAUUCUUUGAAACGAUAUACGUGAGGACAGAAAUGGACGCUCCCAGGUAUGCGAUGUUGAAGGAUAUGAUCCAGCCUGCGCCUGAGGAAGGAAGAGCUUUCGAUGCUGCUGCAGAGGCGGCUGCAGUGGCUGAAAUUGCUAAACAAGCUGGCAUAUUUGUAGAGGCAGAGGAGACGGAGGGUGCACCUAAUACUACUGCACAACCUGAUGCAGCCUUUGCUAGAGUCUCUUUUGAGGCUGUGGUAGCUGAGAUGGUCACAAUCAAAGUUGCAAUGAACGAAAUUAAGGCCACGCAAGAGACUGUGCUUCAGAAUCAACAAUUUAUCAUGGAUAAGCUUAAUGCACUUAGUCACAUACCUACUGAUUCAAAAGUAGUGGAGUAUGACAUCGUCCCCACGUGUUAUGAGCCUCCAGUAUAAAGGAACACGAUGUUUUAUGGACUUGGAAUUGUCUAAAAUAAGAGCAUGCAUUCCUUCAUCAUUUGUGAUUUCAAUGUGAUCCAAGUAAAAAUCAAUGCAUGUAAAUGGGACUUCCAAUUUUAAGUCAAACAAUGACUUAUCUAGGCUUAGCUUUGUAGACAACUUGGCCAAUAACUUAGUGUAACAAACCUAACUUGCUACAUGUAUUAUAAUUCCAUUUCUCUCA